AUGGACCGUCGGCGGCGACCGCAAGUUGAGCAACGAAAUGGAGCUCAUCAGUACAUGUGAGCGCGGCUCUUCGAAUACUAGUAAAAACGAUCGUGUUUGCAGGCAAAACCUCCGUGGAGUCAACACGAACACACUGUUCAUCGGGUACACAAUGAUCCAGGGUACGGUAGAUCCGAACACUCCGGGCGUCUACAACAAUCCGAGUACCGCCGUGGUAAGUCUACGAUCUCUAUUCGUGAGCUGAGCAGAAUUUCAAGAUGUUCUUUGCAGUUCACAUUCAACGGAACCUCGUGCGCCGACCAUUUCAUCGAGUACUUUCACUUCCAAAAAGCCACGUCACCGCACUUGGAGCCGGCGAUGAUCCGCCGCGUCGCCCGGUGGAUCAUCGAGGACUUCCGCGCAGAACGCCGUCUGCUCCCCGAUUACGUCAUCGUGCUGCGCGAUCAAGUUCGCGACGAAAUGCAGCCGACGGUAGGUGGCGGAUGA